AUGCGUCGCCAAUCCUCAGGGAUCUCACACUCUGUUCGCCGGCAAAGCUCAGGACUAUCAGAAGCCAUUCGGCGUCUUAGUUCCCAAAUAUCAGAAACAGAUGACUUGCGUUUGAUUGAGGCUCUAAAUGGAGUUGGCGAAGCAGCUUUGAUCCAUCUUAUCAAGGCUUAUCACGAUGUUCUCAAGAGCCAUGGCCUGUCUAAGGAAGCAGCAAACCUUGUCAGUUCAGCCGUGAAGGAAUUUUCAGCAUUGACGGGAGACGAGGAGAUUGAGGAGCUUGAAAUGCCUCAUGGAACAAGUUUGCUGUUGAAGACUGGACUGAGAAACUAUCUACUCUCGAUCAAACCAUACUUGCCUCGUAAUCCAACUCAGGUAAUCAAGGUUCAAGGACUUCAGUAUGUUGGCAAAUCGAAGCCGCUCCCUACCACGACACGGAAUUGCUGGAACGCAGGGUAUCUAAGCCUGAAGAACGUCUUGACACCCGAGGAGAAUGUUCCAGUGUUGAAAGACAUAAAUGGGUACUUCAUGCCAGGCACAUUGACCCUUGUUAUUGGAUCAGCUGGAAGUGGAAAAUCAAUGCUGUUGAAGCUCAUUGGAGGCCAGCUUGCAGCUUCUGAAGGUGUUAUUCGAUUCAAUAACACGCCAAGCACAAGUGUCCAGGUUCACCGCACUGUUGGCAUGGUUCCAGAGCAGGACCAUCAUCUUCCUCUUCUAUCUGUUCGUGAAACACUGGAGUAUGCUCGGAGAUUCACCCGUGCUGUGACCCUCCGACAGCUGAAGCACAACAAGAUGAUGCAUGCUGUCCUGCAUGAAGCGUUUGAUGCUGGAGAGGAUCCGCUUGUGGAAUCUAGGCUCCUGAUGUUUGGUCUGACAAGUCAGGCAAACUCACUUGUAGGAUCAGCAGGCUUGACAAAAGAUGAAAGGCAUCGGCUGACAGCAGCAGAAACAGUUGUUGGGGCUUACCCAGUUUUGGUGUUUGAUCACAUCAGUGAGCUAUAUGAUGGUCCAUCUACUUUCAAAACCCUGUCCAUGCUGAAAGAAUAUGCCCAGGUCCGACAGACAGUGGUGGUAUGCAGCUUGCAAUGGCCAACUCAGGACGUCUUUAACCUGUUUGAUCGUGUCAUCGUGCUCAACUCUGGCCGAGUAGUCUAUCAAGGCCCAACUGCUUGUUCAACAAGCUACUUUGUGGACCUGGGGUACAAGAAGCCUAAGCACAUAUCGGAGCCAGAGUUUCUCCAGAUUGUAUCCACAGAGGCUGGAGCACAGCUUCUUGAGCCAGGCUAUGAGAAGCUGGACCUGAGUGGCUUUGUGCGAGCAUAUGAAGGCUCUCCUCUUCAUCGUGAUGUAAUGCGCAUUGUCAACAACAAAGGCAUCAGCUCUACCAUCUGGAUAUCUGGACCAGCCAAGCUUGUUCUCAUGCGCAUCACUCUCAGUCUUUCCUCCGGUGCGAACUCCUCUGCCAAACCCUUAAGAAUAGUCGUGCUGAAGUCAGAAUGCAAGGAGGAUAGCAAGGAUGGUGAGCUGGUCCUGACUGGGCCUAUUGAAGAAGGUGAUGAGCUUGUUGGGUUUGCACUUAUGGGAAGGCAGUUUGAGUAUGCGAGGAAUGUCGGUGGUGACCUGGACCCACAAGACCUUGGCAAGUUUCUCGAGAACCUAAAAGACAGUAGCACCAUGGUUCAGCUUCAGUUUGAACGACCAGAGCCAAUGUCUUCAGAAGAAAAGGUCAAGGAAGCACAAGAUGAGAUGAAACAGUUGAAGACUCGGUUCAUAUUGGACCCUUGGCCAGAAUUCUUGCUGUUGCUGCAUCGUCAGCUAUUAUCACUAUGCAGGAACCGAUUUGCAUUGAUGGCAAGAUUCAUUCAGAUUCUGGUCAUGUCCCUUUUCCAUGGCUUCAACUUCUUUCAGAUGCCCUCCGACCCCCCAACCGUUGGCAACCUGAACCUUCGUCGAGGAAUAACCUUUCUCUCGCUUGUCGCGAUGACCUUGUUCAACCUCACCAUGAUCCGGUUCAUUGCCUUUUCCACCCGGAAUCCUGCUGCUGCUGCCUUUUUUUCUGCACUUCUUGUGGGCCCUUCCGUUUUCCUCUUCAUUCAUCUCCUCAUUCCCCAAUCCCUCAUCCGUGGUUACUGGAUAUGGGUGUACCGGAUUGAUGCUCUCCAAUGGGCCGCAACCAUGAUGCAAGCCAAUGAAUUCCACAGCAGCAAGUUCAAUACUCCUUGCAUAGUAGUCCUUCCGCCUGCAUAUCUCAUGCCCAGUUCAUCUCUUUCCAACUCCUCAGCUGCCUUGCCUCUCUUGCCUUUGAGUCCUUAUCCUUUUUGUCAAGCCCACCCAACUGAAGCAGUGGGGAUGGCAUACCUCAAAGCCAAUGGUUGGAACUAUGACUGGAUCGUAUUUCUGAUUGGUCCACUUGUGCUUGUCGCCUGGACCAUUUUCUGGACCCUGGCUAGCUAUAUCUGCCUCCUUCCAGGUUACUACCAGCAGCACUCUCCACACCCCAAAAUACUGCCGCCAAGCUGUCUAACAGCCAAAAGCGAGUCCAAGGAGUCAGCUUGUGGCAAACGCAUUGGACCUGGCAUAGAUGUCUUGCCAUUAGAGCCUCGCAAUGGCCAUGAUGUUGCCGUCGAGUUUGGAGAGAUAGAAGUCAGGAAUGCUGGAAUGGAGACGGAGCGAUGGCAGGCUGUAUGUCUUCCGUUUGAGCCAAUGGUGCUGGCAUGGCAGAACCUGUCCUACAAGAUUCCAUCCCCCCACUCGGAUAGAGACAGGGAAGUCCUUAAAAGCAUCUCAGGUUGGGUCAAACCUGGUGAGAUUACAGGGAUUGUGGGAGGAAGGGGUACAGGCAAGACGAGCCUUCUCAACUGUCUUGCUGGGCGGAAAAUUCGUGGGCGAAUCACAGGCCAGAUUUCUGUUAAUGGUCUGCCUCGUGACCUUGACUCCUUCAUCCGAUGCACGACAUACAUGGAAGGAGGCCAUCAGCACUACCCGUAUUUUACAGUUCGAGAGAGCCUUAUGUAUCGAGCCGACCUUCUUCUGCCACAAUCAGUGUCACGCAAAUCGCGUAACUCGUUUGUGGACAAGAUUCUGAAGAUCACUCGAGUACAUGACCUUGCAGAGUAUUUGGUAAAUGACCUCCUUACUUCAGGUGGCAGCGGUCUGGUAUUCACGGAAAAACGAAUCGUGCUGGCCAUGGAGCUUGCAGGAAAUCCCUCAGCACUUUUUCUUGACACCCCCUUCAUCGGCAUGGACAUGCAGCAGAUUGUGCAGUUUGCAGAGAUUCUGGAAAGCGUGGCAACAGGUUGGGGCAAGGCCAUGAUAGUGUCGGCCAACGUGCCAACGGUGGUUCAGCUCAACAGCUUCACUUCUGUGCUCAUGCUACGCAGUGGAGGUGAAAUGGUAUACUUUGGACCUGCUGGUCGAUUUGGCUCUGCCAUUGUGGAAUACUUCCAGUCCAUACCUGGCACUCCCAUGCUUCCUGCCAACAUGAACCCCAUCAGCUUCUUACAGUAUGCAAUGGGAGAAGGCGUUUCAGGGUCUGUAGCUGCACGUGACUAUGCGUUUGAGUAUCGAAUCAGCAGCCUGGCCAUGAGCAACGCCCAGCACCUGCGGAAGCUUCGUCGCAAUCCCAACUCUUUCUUUGCUUCAGAAGCAUCAGACUCAACUGCUGCUAUGUCAUCACCGGCUGCGAGUUCAAACCAAGGCAGAACAGAUACUAGCACUGUAUUUGCCAGUGAAGAACCUUCUCUGCAGUUCAGGAAGCCUGGAAGCGCUCUGAGACCCACCUCAACGCUUACUGAUAAGGCAGAAACUUCACAGAAAGCCACGCGACAAAGUAGUCACGGGUGCUUGCCCCAGUCUGUUUACAUGUCGCGUCUGGCAAAGGUGUAUUGGUCCAUCAACGUCCUCUACUGGCGGAACACCUCUUAUACCCUGUCCCGUGCAGUUGUCGCUUGUGUCCUGGGCCUCGUUAUUGGCUCCCUAUUUUUCGACCUGCCCUGCUCCACUCUCCUCCAAAUCUCAGCCCGUGCUGGAUUUGUGUUCACACUGCUCAUCUUUGGGCCCACCUCUAAUGGAGGAACUGUGGUGGGAAUGCUGACACGCAUACGCCAUGUCUUCAACAGAGAAAGGCUCAAUAAACAGUACUUUGCUUCCACAUAUAUCAUCUCCUUCACAUUGGUUGAGAUUCCUUAUCUUAUUGUAACGACUCUGAUAUUUAUUGUCAUAUCAGCGGGCCUAGCUCAGGUUGCAGUUUCCAGCUUGUCACAGUUCUUCGCAUUUUGGUUCUCCCACUUCCUUUUCUCCCUCGGUAUCACCUACCUUGGGUUUCUUCUUUCUGUGGCUCUUCCCAACCCGAGACUUGCAUUCAUGCUCGUGCCUAUGGUAUCUGGAGUAUGGAUAAGCACAGCAGGAUAUGUGGUCCCAUACAAUCUAAUGCACUUCUUCUUCAAGCCAUUUUAUUGGACCAAUCCUUUACAGUAUGCAUUGAAUGCUAUGACCGCCAUAGCCUUCUACUGCGACACCAAAAUCUCCAGUUGGGAGAAGAAGAGGGAGGAGGAGGAGCGGCAGGCCAAGGAGAAGAGUGCACAGCAAGAGGCGCAAUGGAAGAAGAGGGAAGAGGAGAUUAGAAAGGAACUGGAGGAGGAGUUUAGGAUGCUACUCCCCUCCCCUCUCCCCUCCAUUGAUGCCAGUGAUGGUCCCCCGCCCCCGCCUCCUCCGAAUGACGCGUCAGCGAGCGUACUUGCUUCGUUCAACGCCCGGCUGCGGGAGUGGGAGGCCCGUGUGAAAGCUGCUCUUGCUGCCGCGCAAAAGAGGAUCCUGCGGACUGAGGGAGAGGUGUUAAAGAAGAGGAAGGCGGAGGAGUGUGCGAGAAAGGCUGAGGAGGUGAAGAGAAGCAAGGCGGAGGGUGCGAGGAGGAAACAGGAAGAGGCGAGGAAGGCUGCUGAGAUGAAAAGGGCGAAGGAGGAGGAGAGGAAGAGGGUGCAGGCUGAAGAAAAUAGGGUGAGGGAGGAGGAGAGGAAGAGGAAGGAGGAGGCGAAGAGUAAGGAGGAUGCGAGGAAGAAGGAGGAAGAGGCGAGGCAGAAGGAGGAGAAGAAGAGGAAGGAGGAGCUUAGAAAGAAGGAGAAGGAGGAGAGGAAGAUGGAAGAGGUGAGGAGGAAGGAGGAGGAAAAGCGGAUGCAGGAGGAAGCGAAGAGGGAGGAGGAGAAGAGGCGGGCACAGGAGAAGGAGAGGGUGAGGGCAAGGAAGGAGGAGGCGGCAUUCGAUGAGAAGAUGAAGCAGCUGGAGGAGGAGUGGCAACGGCGGCAAGCAGUUGCGCCAAUGACCUACGAGGAGUACUCAAGCAGGGUGACUCAGCUCCGGAAGCAAGCAGCGAGAGCGGGUGUUGCCAGCAGCUGCACCCCUGGCACCACCCCUCUCCGCUUCUGGGACAUCCCCUGGCCGCCAGCAGGCAACUGCCUGUUUCUUUCUCCUGGAGAUUCACCUGGGCUGAAGAAGAGGAAGGCGAUGGAUGCGCUGCUGUUCUGGCAUGCGGAUCACUUUCUGAAGUUCUGUGGGGGGGCGGGAGCUCCGCGGCUGCUGGCGGGGCAUAGAGAGGUGGUGCUAAGGAAGGCGGCUGGGCUGAGUAAGGAGGUGGUGGUGGCGAAGCAGCAGUUGUGGGAGGCGUGUCGCAGCAAUGCGGGUGGCGGCGGCUGA